AAAUCCUCGCCUUCUUGCGUCAUUCGACCCACGUGACUCUCUCUAUACCCUGCGGCUCGGCAGUGCGCAUGCGCAGAACCGAGCGGAAAAUUACACACGGCAGGCAUCUCUCUCCCGGGGUAUCACAAUGAAGUGCAUGCUGACUCACCUGAGCCGCUGGGCCACGCCCACACUGAGCCGCGCCGCUCACUCUGGGAUGCGCUCGUCCUCGACGGCGGUGUCUUACGCUAAACGUGACGAGAGAGUGCUCUCAUCCGAGGAGGUUUUCUCUCGAGAGGAGCGAUACGGAGCUCAUAACUAUCACCCGCUACCUGUCGCCCUGCACAGAGGAGAGGGAAUUCACGUGUGGGACGUCGAGGGCCGUCGGUAUUUUGACUUCCUGAGUGCGUACAGUGCUGUAAAUCAGGGUCACUGCCACCCGAAAAUCGUGGCAGCUCUGACCGAACAGGCCGCCAGACUCACGCUGACCUCCAGAGCCUUCUACAACGACGUGCUGGGAGAGUACGAGGAGUACGUCACCUCUCUGUUCCGCUACAACAAAGUCCUGCCCAUGAACACAGGUGUUGAAGGCGGAGAGACGGCGUGUAAACUGGCACGCAAAUGGGCUUAUAGUGUUAAAGGCGUUCCCCAGUACCAGGCCAAGAUCAUCUUCGCACAGGGGAAUUUCUGGGGUCGUACGAUGGCAGCCAUUUCCAGCUCCACUGACCCCAGCAGCUACGAGGGGUUUGGGCCGUUCAUGCCCGGGUUCGAGCUCGUGCCCUACAACGACAUUCCGGCUCUGGAGAAAGCUCUUCAGGACCCUAACGUUGCUGCGUUCAUGGUGGAGCCGAUCCAGGGGGAAGCGGGAGUCGUGGUACCUGAUGCAGGCUACCUGAGCAAAGUGCGCGAGCUCUGCACCAAAUACAACGUUCUGUUUAUCGCUGAUGAGGUACAGACGGGUUUGGCUCGUACGGGACGCAGGUUGGCUGUAGACCACGAGAACGUGCGGCCGGACCUGGUGGUUCUGGGAAAAGCUCUGUCUGGAGGAGUGUAUCCUGUGUCGGCGGUGCUGUGUGAUGAUGAGGUGAUGUUGACGAUUAAACCAGGUGAGCACGGCUCCACCUACGGAGGAAACCCCCUCGCCUGCAGAGUCGCCAUCGCCGCCCUACAGGUCAUGGAGGAGGAGAAGCUGGCAGAGAACGCAGCAAAAAUGGGGAAGAUUUUGAGGGCGGAGCUUAACAAGUUGCCCAAAGAGAUUGUAACAGUGGUGCGAGGGAAAGGCCUCCUCAACGCCAUCAUCAUCAAGGAGACUAAAGAUUACGACGCCUGGCGAGUGUGCUUGCGUCUCCGUGACAACGGGCUAUUAGCCAAGCCCACACACGGCCACAUCAUCAGGCUGGCCCCGCCCCUCAUCAUCAAAGAAGACGAGAUCAGGGAGUGCGCAGAAAUCAUCCAGAGAACCAUCUUGUCCUUUUAAAAGGCUCUUAAUCAUCAAUAAUAAUUACAUUCAAAUCUCAACCUCAUUAGCUACAGAUACACAAAUUACAGACGAGUGUUUAAAAGGUUGUACGUUUAUCAGAGAAGAAGUAACGGAGUGAAAUGUAGGAACAUGUAGGAGAGGCUGUUUAUUUUAGGCUAAGCCUAGUUCUGGCCUCAGACAUUUUAAAUUACAAAUGAACUUGUUUAGUCUAGGACUAAUAUAAAGAAAAAACAAUUUUUUGUUUUACUUAGCAUAAAAAUGCUCAUCAUUAUUUAAAAAAAAUAUAUGUUUAAUUAGGAUAGCUCAUGAUAGCAGGAGUUUGAAGGGUCCCAUCUGUGUAGACUGUGUGUGUGUGUGUGUGUGUGUGUGUGUGUGUGUGUGUGUGUUGCUCACACACCUGAGUCAGCUAGCAACUAAUGCAAGCCAUUAGCCACCAGUUUAGCAUCCUGUGUGAAUGUGUGUGAUUUAGACAUGCAGAUUUAGCGCACGAUGCUAAACUGCUGGCUGUAAGCUCAUAUUACUUACCUUGUAGCUCUAAAACUAAAGAAGAAAACUUCAGAUACGUGUUAGCAUUUCAUAUUUGCUCGAAACGUGUUAUUUCACAUUAAACGAAUUGCGCUGAAAGAAUACAGCUGAAAAGAUAUGAUAUAUUCCUGAGCACAGACUAUGCUAAAUUAAAGACUAAAUUUUACUAGGUUAAAUGUAGUCUAGAUAAGCUUGUAUGGGUUUUGCACAGAAGUGUGGAAGAACCGUAUUCAGUGCGUUGAAUGUAGUUUGUUACAGACAUAAAACUGACAACUCUUUAGCAGCAGAAAAGAAUUAAUCUCGCCUAGUCUUGUGCAAAUUUAUUGCUAAAUGCACACAUACAGAUGAACGUACAUCUCUACUGUUACUGUUACGUUCCAGAGAGAAAACAUGAUUAUUCCGUUGAAAAGAAAACCGUUACCUCAACACACCUCUGUAAAUACUCCAUUAGCUGCUAAAUCUGCUAUUAGAGAGGAGAUCAUUUCCUUUUAGUCAGCUGUAAAACAUUCCACAUAUCGAGUAACGUUACAUCUGCUAGGUAUGAUCACAUCCAAACACAGCAAAGAGCGAAGAGAAUGUAAUGUUCCUGUGUUUAAAGACUAAUAUGAAUCGGAGAUUAUCAGUAUUAAUUCAGAAAUGAAACUGCUUAAUUUUCAAUUAACUUUGUACAUCCUUCAUAAAGAAAUGGUUCAAAUGUAAACAUUAUUCUCCUUUAACCCGAAUGUAGUCGAUUAUCCAACGAGGCUACCGUAGCUAGAGCAGCUUAUAGCUACCAUUUUAGCCACGUAGCUCUAGCAGAAAGCUAAAAAACUGAACUUUGAACAGGAAACAUGUCUUUAUUGGUGAAGUAUUUUUGUGUCCUGGUGUGCGUCUCUGGCUCCUCCCACUCCCUAGACAAGAGUGUCUUUGCAUCCAUAUAUGGACUUCAAAUGUUUUGGAAUCUUAAGAGUUCUCUCUCUAAAAGGUGGAGCCUUUGGAGUUCUCUCUGUGAAGGGUGGAGCCUUCGGAGUUCUCUCUGUGUGAAGGGCGGAGAAUUCGGAGUUCUCUCUGUUGAGGGCGGAGGCUUCGGAGUUCUCUCUGUGUGAAAGGUGGAGACUUCGGAGUUCUCUCUGUGAAAGGCGGAGCCUUCAAACUUUUCUCCACGAAGGGCGGAGCCUUCGGAGUUCUCUCUGUGUGAAGGGUGGAGACUGUGGAGUUCUCUCUGUGAAGGGCGGAGCCUUCGGAGUUCUCUCUGUGAAGGGCGGAGCCUUCGGAGUUCUCUCUGUUGAGGGCGGAGGCUUCGGAGUUCUCUCCAUGGAGGGUGGAGCCUUCGGUGUUCUCUCUGUGAAAGGCGGAGCCUUCAGAGUUCUCUCUGUGUGAAGGGUGGAGAUUGUGGAGUUCUCUGUGUGAAGGGCGGCACCGUUGGAGUUCUCUCUGUGAAAGGCGGAGCCUUCAAAGUUUUCUCCAUGGAGGGCGGAGCCUUUGGAGUUCUCUCUGUGAAGGGCGGAGCCUUCAGAGUUCUCUCUGUGAAGGGCGGAGCCUUCGGAGUUCUGAAGUGAAGAGUGGAGACUUUGGCGUUCUCUCUGUGUGAAGGGCGGAGCCUUUGGAUUUCUCUCUGUGAAGGGCGGAGCCUUCGGAGUGCUGAAAUGAUGCAACACAGUAGCUUUUGAAUGGGGAAAUCAACCUUGAGGGGCGGAGUCAGUCGCAGACGCACACUGAUGACAUAAGAAGGGUGUGAUGAUUAAAAUGAAUGUUGUUUCAGUAAUCGCGGUUUACAUUAGGUGUGAGAGGAGAAUACUGCACGGUGUUAUUAAAGUUACAGCUUUAAAGAUGAAUGUCGAGAAAUGAACCACAAAUUUCAUGUUUUCUGAUGAAAACCCGACACACGUCACCUGUUCAAACUGUUCAAACUGGAAGUUUACAGUCUUAUGAUUAUAUUUAACCCUGUGAUUGUGAAGGACAGUAAACUGAAAUCAUGUUACAGAAUUAAACCCACACGGAGGAUCCACUGAGAACUGAGCGCUAAUGCACUAUAAUUUAUACCUAUGAUAUGAUAUGUGUGUAAUGUGGACGAUAUGCUGGAGAGUGUGUGUGUGUGUGUGUGUGUAUCGCUGAGUUAAAUUUAUUUACCACUUGAAUGCUGUUCAAAAAUGAAUCUGAAGUGUGUGCAGAAUUUUGAGGAUAAAAUCCGGUUUAAAGUUGCUCUGUAGUUCUUCAAAUAAAGCAGAUUUGAGACAUCA